UUAAGCGAGGUUAUUGUUGGAGUGACCGCUGAUAAUGUUAAAAUAUUAUCCAAUCUGUCAGUUGAGACGCCAACUACGCAAUCUGUUGCAGAGUACCCCAAUAUUGCAUCGGAACAACCAUCUGAAGCAAGCGCUCCAGUAAAACCUGAUGACAGUGUGAAAGAAGUAAUCGGUGGAUUAACCAGCACCAAUCAAGCCAUCAUAUCUGGUUUAUCAACAGCUAAACCCACAGCUCCGAUAUACCAGGAACCUCUGGAACGUACACCUGAAAUGCUCUCGGAACCUUUUGUAUGUACCACUCAAAUCGUUUCUGGCAUUACAAGUAAUGGUGUUGCAAUGGUCUCUGGGCUCGCGCUCAGUCAAACUCCAGUAAUAGGCAGUGCUGCUGGUUUAUCAACAGCUGAACCCACAGCUCGGAUAUACCAGGAACCUUUGGAACGUACACCUGAAAUGCUCUCGGAACCUUUUGUAUGUACCACUCAAAUCGUUUCUGGCAUUACA